ACAGCAAGGGGCUCAACACGCAGCCCUGCGGGGAGCCGGUGCUGAGGCUGAGUGCCGUAUAUGUGUGAUGGCCCAGUCUCACCCUCCGCCGAUAAUCCAACUUGGCCCCUUUGAUGCCUCUCUUCAGGUCAGCCCGGGCCGCAGAGUAAAGGGCCUGGUCACCAGACCUAAAGGCGGUGUUCCUCUCCCUCAGCAGCCGCUGGUCCUCCCGGGUCAUCCAGGGCUUCUGGUUGGGGUAGACCCAAAUCUGGUUUUUUUACGGUAACAGUGUCUAUGCAGUAUCGUAUGUAACACAGUACACUGUCUGUAAACAUCUCCAGGUCUUGAUGUGAAAACACAUCCCAAUUGGUCCUGUCACAGCAGUCCUGCAGCUGGUGAGGGGCUCAGGCCAGGUUGUUAUAGUUUUUGUGAUAGUGGGUCUACUUUUCCUGAGGGGAGCAUAUGCAGGAAUUAGCAGCAGAGACAAAUGUAGACAAACAAAUCACUUCUUCAGCACUUUACCAAACAACAGGUCAUCAUCUUCAACCUGAUCCUGGUAGCACCACAUGUUUUUAAAAGAGAGUGAGGUCUCCUGACAAUUUAAAAAAACUAAAAUCCAGCCAAGAUCCUGGCCCUGAUCAGCUCCACACACACUGGAACAGGAGAUAUGGCUUAGGCACAGUCCAAAAACAUGCAAUGUGGGGAUAGGUAAAUUGGACACUCCAAAUUGACCAUAGGAGUGAGUGUGAGAGUGAAUGGUUGUUUGUCUCUAUCUGUGUGUGGCCCUGCGAUGGACUGGCGAACUGUCCAGGGUGUACCCCGCCUAUCGCCCGAUGUAGCUGAGAUUGGCACAGCACCCCCCGCGACCCUCUGGCAGAGGAUAAAGCAGUAGAUGAUGACUGACUGACUGACUUCCCUCCUGCAGCUCAGAGGGAGCUGUCCUCUCUGAAGACUGUCUGACACCACCUCAAGCAGGUCGACACCUAUGAUGGGCCAGAAAGACUGUCAAUCCUUGGUGCUUUGCCACUCUGCAAAGACAUCAUCGCUUUGUGCAGCCCCUGCAGCGUUAAAACUGCCCCCAGCUCCAAAUUUGCUUUAGAGUUUACCUGAGGGAGACCUGCAAGGAAGCUGCUGUGCACAUCUGGAUUAUCUGACCAUUCACUCUUAAAGAGGUUUCUAUAGAAACUGACAGCAAACUUUCUGAAUGAUCUUCCUCUGUCCAUUUUUCUGCUCUAUCCCAAAGAAGAAUCGAGAUGGGGCAUUCAUCUGAGCCACAUUUAGAAACCUGGACCUGACCAGAGCCCCCUGUGCUGACACACCCAGCAGGUUGGCUUUGGCUGCCCUUUCAAGAGGACUCUGCUAAGGACUGCAGUUCUUUCGCCUCAAACUCCAGAUUUUUUAAAGAUCGGGUUAAGUCUCUCGUGACAUUGCGAGUGAACUGUUGGCAGAGUUGCCAGAUCUGAACUUUGCCACAAUCCCACCACUGCUGAGUGCUGGGAAAGGCAGGCCUGCUCUCUCUAUGGCUCUCCCAGAAAUACUUAAAAGCAGUUCUAAAAGCCUGGUUGUAUAAAGAGCAGUGUUAAAAUGCCAAUAGGCACUCUUUAAACCAAUGUUUUUAAUAAAAACAGAGCAGGAGACUAAAGAGUGGUCGCUAACACCCACAGGCUGAAUGUGACAUCUUUUAAAAAAUAUUUAAAUGAUGUGUAAAAUUAAUAAAGGUUGUCCAGCCGAGCUAAUGAUAAAAAGUUCUCUCUUGAAUGAGUCCAGGUGUAUUGCCUGUGAUUACUGUGUUUGUAUGAGCUGUGUGAUCCUGCUGGAUGAAGCAGGGUGGGCUUCUGAAUGAUUCCUGUCUAAAAGAGGAGUAUUUUCAAAAGUUGCUUUGACUUUCAAUAACACACCUGGAAUAAUUUCUUCAGAAACAAGAGAAACGGGAAAAAAAUUCUUUGAAAAUAACCCCCCCAACCCCCACACUACGGCUGGAUGUAUGGCUUAAAAUCACCUCCCCAUUAAAAGCCUGCCUCCAUUCACACUCAUUGUCUGCAGUGCUGUGGGUCUCCUGCACAAACAUGAUGUCUACUCUUUUAAUCUCCAUGAGUUUAAAAAGAGCAGCUCUCUUAAAAUCAGCUCAGGCUCCGCCCAGAUUUAAAAUACUCAAUUUAAAAUCACAUAUAGAUAAAAAGUAGAAAAACAUACACCAAAUCAUAAUAAAAGAGGAGCAGAUUUUACCACUUUACUGAUGUGUUUCUUUAAUCUAAAAAUCUCCUGAUCAGACAGGACAUCUUCUGCCAUCCCAGACUUCCUGGUGAGAAACCUGGCUUCGCCUCGCCUCUCCCAGGACAGGAUCAGAUCAGAUGACCCUCCCCUCCGCAGCCAAAAUAUUUCAUGGUUUCCGAUGUUGCAAAUACCACAUACGAAUAAUUAUCGACUUUGAAAAGAAAAAGACAGGUUCAGAUCACGGGGGGGGGUCUUUCAGGAUCAUGUAGACCUGUCUACGGUGACUGAUGACAUGCUUUAGUUUGGCUGAUUUAGAGCCCAGUAACACCAUCUGUAUCUGUGACACUAGGGAGAACAACAGUGAAAGUGUCCUGAAUGACCACACCACUCUCCACCACCUCGCUAACCUUAGUCGUAGCAUCUAAAAACAAAACGAUCACUCCGUUCAUUUUAGAGGCCGAUUUCACAGACGCAUAUCCCACCACCUCACCCACAGCCAGGCCAGCCUCCUCCACACUGCACGGCAUUGAGGGCACCAGCUUAACGGCAUGACGGCGAGUUAAACGCUGUAAAUUCACCACUGAGGCUGAGUUAGCACAAACACACACACAAACUCUCUCUCAUACACACACACAACCACACUUUUUCAACAACACAAGACAAACAAAAACCACAUAAAACUAAAAAGUGAACUCAAGGAAUUUUUCACAAAAAACCUCAAACAUGCUCUCAGCUCCACACACACUUCACCAUCUCACAGAGAGAGAGAGAGACACACACAUGAGAGAGAGAGAGAGAGAGAGAGAAAGAGACAUGAGAGAGAAAGAGACAUGAGAGAGAGAUAGACAGAUGCUGAGGAAGAAGAACAGGCAGCCAAUCAGAGACGUCCGAGACAUCUUCACUCAGUCAGAGGAUGACUCAGCAGACAGAGGCUCCUCCCCUUCUUCUCACUGCUCCGAGUCACCAAGACGAUAUCACACAUCCACAAAGACAAUUCACCGCAACACUCACAGAGCUCGCCCCUCCCUCCCAUCUUUACGACAUGACGAUCAACUCUCUGAACACACACUAAGACCCUCCCCUCCUGUCACUCUGUCAGCUGAUUGGCUCCUGCGAGACUCUCCAUACUCAGAGGGUGUGGCUGAGCACAAAAAGGGUGGGGCUUGUUGGGACUGUCUGCAUUUCCAAGGUGAUGACAAUAGUGAUGUCAUCACGUUUGUACCUGUCUCACCCUCCCAGGGUCUCACCUGCACUGAUGACCUGUCGUCAUGUGACCUCACUCAGCUUGGCUUCUUCGCUCACAUUGAGCUCUCCACCUUCCUGCUCGCCCUUGGCGUUGAAACCAAACAGACACGCCCACCUCGCCACAGGAGGAGGGACGCUGGAGUGUUUGGACGUCCUCUGAAGUUACUUUUACACAACGACAGGAAAACAUUUCCUGGACUCAAAGUCCCAGUCGUCUUUCAGAGGUUGUUGUCUAUCUUAGAACAUACUGGUCUACAGACUGAGGGGAUUCUGAGGGUUUCAGGAUCAGCAGCAAGAUUAAAGUACCUGCGCAGAGAGAUAGACAGGUGUGGAGAAGUGAUGGACUGGUCAGCAGUGAGACAGGUGGAAGCUGCAGGACUGCUGAAGCUUUUCAUCAGAGAAUUGGAUACACCUUUACUGACACACACACACCUGAGCUACUACAGAGCAGUGCUGAAAGUGUCCUCUGUCCUUCAUCAGGUUCAGACUCUUCAUCUUCUCACUUUGUUACUUCCUGAAGAAAACAGAGACACACUGCAAGCCCUGCUGGUCUUCCUUCGUAAGGUGGUCUCUUAUCAGGACCAGAACCGCAUGUCUCUGUGGAACGUCUCCAUGGUGAUGGCCCCAAACCUGUUCACCUGUCGUCACAGCAACAGCAAGCACUCUGUCGCUAAGCAACAGGAGGAGCUGGAGGAGGCGCUGGGCGGGGCUCACCUGGUUCAGCUAAUGAUAACUCACCAGGACCUGCUGUGGACCGUCCCCAAGUUCCUGCUGUCUCAGGUGAGACAGGUGAACCAGGUGUCCAGUCAGAAAUCCUUUGGACUGAUGAGAGCCAAGAGGCGACUUCUGAGGAAGAAGACUGACAAGAACCACACAGACCAGAUCACAGAGCUGUGUGAAGGUGUGAUCAGGGUUCACGCCCCCUUACACACCAAGGUUUCCAUGGCAAUACAACUUGAUGACCAAACAAGAGCGAAAGACAUCACUUCACGCUUUGAGUGUGAGAACAGUCCUGUUCAGUGUCUGUAUGAAGUUGGAGGGAACAUCUGUGAGCGUCGUCUUCAUCCAGACUGCAUCUUAUUGGACGUCCACAGAGUCAAUCCUCACUGUGAUUGGCUGAUCAAACCCUGACAGACAGCUUCCUGUCUCAACAUCUCAACCUGGAUCCUGUCUCACAUCGUGCCUUACCUCCUGUCUCACCAUAUGACUGUGAUAUCAUGUCCUGUCAGAUGAUGCAAACAACACAAAGAGUUUUCUUUCUACUUCCUGUUUGUUUAUUGAUGUAAAAAACGAGUUCAUAUUAAAAACAAACAUCUUCUCGUC